GGAACUCACGUAAUUAUAUUAAAUGCCACUGACUUGGACAGUGGUGUCAAUGGAGAGAUAAACUAUUCUUUUGGUCGCGACACUUCAGCUCGAGUUCGGGAAAUGUUUGCCCUGAAUUCCAGAACUGGUGAAAUCAGCGUAAAAGGCAAGUUGGACUAUGAAGAAAACGACGCCUUUGAAAUUAACAUACAAGCCAUAGAUGGAGGUCCAGACGCGAUGUCGGGACACUGUGAGGUUUUAGUAAAUAUUAUUGAUGUGAAUGACAAUUCACCUGAAGUGACUUUGACUUCUUUAUCGAGUAUAAUCUCGGAAGAUGCGCCAGUCGAGACUGUAGUCGCUCUGUUCACUGCAGCAGAUAAAGAUUCUGGCACCAACGGGCAGGUAGAAUGUCAGAUUUCAAAUAGACUGCCAUUUAAACUGGAUUCCUCUUUAAAGAAUUUUUAUGGAAUACUUGUUCAUCUUCCACUGGAUCGUGAAAACACCGCCAAGUAUGACGUUACGAUAACAUGCACAGAUUUCGGAAAUCUUCCGCUUACAUCCCAGAAAACUAUUCGGGUAGAGGUUUCCGAUAUAAAUGACAAUGCGCCUCAUUUCAGGCAAUCUUUAUUUACAACAAAUGUAAUGGAGAAUAAUGAUAUAGGCGUUUCCAUAUUUUCCAUUACAGCGUUUGACGCUGAUAUCGGAGUGAACGCUCGACUGAAAUAUUCAAUUCUGGAGACUCAAAUUCAGAACGUCUCCGUGUUCAAGUACAUCUCCAUUAACUCGGACACUGGCGUUAUAUUUGCUCAGAGAUGUUUUGACUAUGAGGAAUUGAAAAACUUUCAGAUUCAAGCUCAAGUCAUGGACUCUGGGACGCCAUCACUCGCAAACAAUGUUUCAGUGGAUGUAAUUAUCCUUGAUCAGAAUGACAAUGCUCCAGUAAUUGUGCAGCCAUUAGUCAAAUUUGGAUCAACAGCAGUAGAGACAAUAUCCAGAUUUGCAGAACCAGGGUAUUUGGUGGCCAAGGUAUCCGCCAUUGACUCUGACGCCGGUCAGAACGCUCGCCUUUCUUAUUCGAUUUUU